CUGGCAUUUAAAAAUUUCUUUCACUUUCGAUUACACUGGGAUGUGCAAGAUAACGUCUGGGUUAUUCUUGGUCCUUAUGUUAUCUUCCAAGGAAAAGCGUCACGUGAAGUUCUCUUCCUGGAAUACUAGAUCUAGAUCUAGCCUUGGUCACCCUAGCCUUUUCUACAUUUCAAGUAUUUGACCUAAUGUCCCAGACAGAGUCAACUUGAGAGCGAGGAUAUCAACAUCUCAAUUGUUCUCAGUCCUGGUGAGGGAGUGGCUCAAGGAGAGAAAUAGUUUUAUGUUCUGACAAAAUGGCAUCCAGGAAGUCCAAUAGCCAGUGGCCAAAUCAGGCGCAAAGCCCUCGGGGAUCUGCCGGGGCUCCGCGGGCUGGCCGGCAGCAGCAGCAGCAGAAGAAGGGUCCCGUCCGGAUCAACCCCAAGAACUACGAGGAUGCGUACGUGCCUCUGCCGGACGGAAAGGCUGACAUAUACGUGCGGGGCAUGGCGGACAGGAACCGCGCCCUCAACUCUGACGUGGUGGUGCUGUUACCCUACCAGUAUGACCAGUGGCGGAGAGCUGCGCCGGUUCUUCCGAGUCACCGAAGGUCAAGGCCGCUGAGCCGGGGUCAAAGGGCCAGCAGAGCCCCGCCCCGGGCAGCCAGUCGCAGAAGAAGAAGUUCACCUCGGUGUCGGACAUGAGACAGCAGGGCAGCCCGCUGGCCAGGGAUUUGUUUGGUGCCAGGACGGCCGUCGCUGCUGCCCCCGAUGCUGGAAAGCCUGGCCAGGAGCUGAAAGGAAAUAACUUUGUACAGCCCACGGGGAAGGUGGUGUACAUCUACGAGAGGAAACACUCGCGGGCGGCCAGCGGGCACGUCAGACUGAUGCCCGGGAACAGGAACCUGGCGCUGUUUGCCCCGACAGACAGUCGCGUCCCUCGCAUCGUCAUAUCCAUGGCCGACUGUCCCAAAG